UAUUUAUUAAAUAAAAAAAAAUAAUAAAUUAUAUAUUCUAUAAUUAAAUUAUGAAAAAAAAACUUUAAUUUAAAAAAGAUUAAAUUAUAAGUUUGUAUUAAAUCAACGUGUGUGAUGAAUUUGAAAUGUGUGUAAAUAAAUGAUAAAUGAAAAUUAAGCACAUCUCGCAAAAUACAAAAAAAAAGAAAAAAAUACAGAAACAAUUCUCUCUUGAAUGUCUCGCAAAUAACAAAAAAAAAACGGUUAUAAAUGAAUCUCUCUCAUCAUUAAGUUAUUUUUAACAAAUUUACUAGGAAGUCAACAAUCGAAUUUUUUUUAUAAAAUAAAACAUUAAAAGAACAUUUAUUGUAUAAAAUAUCAUCAUCAUCGUCUACUAGAUAAGUCGUCCUUCCCACCACAAAAUAAUUUAAUAAUCAACUCUACUACUACCACCAAUCAGAAAAACGAAUUAAAUACUAAAAAUGUCUACGAUACAAAUUUCAUGUAUGGAUUCGUUUUUGAAACGUGCUACCGGAACCAAUAGUAUCUUUGGUUCACCAAUCAAAGAUACCAAUAUUCCUUGGUAUGUUAGAAGUUUCCAACAACAACAACAACCAUUACCAACAAUUGUUGUAAAUAACAACAACAAUUCCAACCAAAAUAGUACAAUCGACGAGAUCGAUAAUAAAACCAGCGAUCAGCCUGGUUUCUUUUCAAAAUUUGUCAUGAAUGACAUUUAUCGUUCGGAAGCAGAACGUUUAAAAACCUUCGAGGAAUGGCCACUCGAUUUUAUUGAUAAGCAUGUUUUGGCCCAAACUGGAAUGUUCUAUACCCGCGAAAGUGACAAAGUCAAAUGUUAUUUUUGUGAGGUGGAAAUUGGACGUUGGGAAGAGAGCGAUCAUCCAGUGAGUGAACAUAUUAAAUGGUCGGCUAAUUGUCCAUUGUUGAGGAGACGAACAACAAAUAACAUUCCACUUAAUGUCGAUGCAUUGGAACGUGUCCUGCCGCCAGCUAGCUAUGAUGUAUGUGGCAGUAAUGAUUCAAUUGAAGUUCGACCAACAGCUUAUCCCGAAGGUUCGAUAUCAUCGGCGGCGGGUGUUGGUUCAGGACCUAGCUCUCCUCCAAUCUAUCAAAUGGAUUAUCCCGAGUAUGCGAUCGAAGCAGCACGGUGUCGGUCGUUUGCUGAAUGGCCACGAACCAUGAAACAAAAACCUAAAGAACUCGCCGAAGCUGGAUUUUUCUAUACUGGCGUUGGUGAUCGUGUGAAUUGCUUUAGUUGCGGCGGUGGUUUGAAAGACUGGGAUGAGAAUGAUGAACCAUGGGAGCAACAUGCUCAAUGGUUGAGCAAAUGUCGUUAUUUGAAAUUGAUGAAGGGUCAGGCUUUUAUUGAUGCUGUGAUAGCUAAAUGUAAUCGGGCAGCUGAGAAAACUCAAGAGGCUUUAAGUGCGUCAGCGGCGGCUGCUGCAAGUGAUUCAGAAGUUCAAGAAUGUAGUACUCAAACAGAAGAACAAAAUAAACAAAAUUGCCCAGCAUCAGUAACAGCGGCGACGCAAGUUGUUGCAAAUGCCUUAACUGCAGCAGCAACAACUACAACAUCGACGAUAGAUAGAGAUUUGCUUCAACGAAGCGAUAGUAAUAAUAGCAAUUCUGACAAGAGAAUCAUUCCAGAAGAGAAAUUGUGUAAAAUCUGCUAUGCAGCCGAAUAUAAUACGGCGUUUUUGCCAUGCGGCCAUGUUGUAGCAUGUACCAAGUGUGCGUCUUCAGUAAUUAAAUGUCCAAUGUGUAGAAAACCAUUUAAAGACGUUAUGCGUGUAUAUUUUUCAUAAGAAUAAAAAAAAAACAAAAAAACAAAAA